AAAAAAUUGUGUAUGUGUGUAUAACAUAGGCUCUCGUGCUUCUGCACCACUCUCGACCUAUUAUUCUUCUAAUCCAUUCUGCUCUCUCCAAACCCAAAUACUUCCCCUCCUCUGUUCUUUAGCCAUUGUCGCAUCAAGCAAAUCAAAAGGUUGAGUAGUACUUAAGACAGAAGAGAUCCAUAUAUAUCUAACAAGCUUCUCAAAAUAAAAUGGAGAUAAAGGACCAAGAAGACAGCCCAGCAGCGUUGGUUGACUCCGGAGGAGACUUCGACUGCAACAUAUGUUUAGAUCAGGUUCGAGACCCGGUCGUGACCUUUUGUGGCCACUUGUUUUGUUGGCCUUGCAUUUACAAGUGGACUUAUUCCUCCAAUACAUCAAGACAACGCGUAGAUCAGUACGAUAAGGAUGAAUCUCCAAAAUGUCCGGUCUGCAAAUCCGAUGUCUCCGAGGCUACUCUUGUCCCUAUCUACGGCAGGGGACAGAAAACUCCCCAGUCCGGUUUAACCUUACCGAAGAGACCAUCCGGUCCGGUUUAUGACGUAAGAGGAGUCGGUCAACGUGUAGACGAAGGUGUGAGUAGUCAAAGGAACAUGUCUAGAAUGCCUGAUCCGGUGAUGGGUGCGGUAUGCCGGAGACUAUUUGGUGAGUCAUCGAGCAACGUGUCACCGUACCGGACAGACCGUGACACAAAUCUCCGGUUAAGGCCGAGGACAAUGCAGGCGGAGGAGUCUCUAAGCAGAGUCUACUUGUUCCUCCUUUGCUUUAUGUUUAUGUGUUUACUUCUCUUCUAGAUAUAAGUUAAGUCGAAUGAGUUUGUAUGUGUAUGUGUGUAAGAGUGUUGCAUGUUGAAAUGGUAUAUGAUGAGAAUAAAAUAAAGUCAAAAAUCAAGAAACGGCACCAAAUUGGCUGUUGUAUAUUUUGAGCUACUUGUAAUAAUAUGUGAUGAUGGGUAAA